ACGCCGGAAGUGUUGGAAAGAUUAAAAUCCUCUUGAGUGACAGCGGCGGUUUGGUACAUUGUAUUUUUUGUCUUUCUGUAGGGAUGGAGGUGACACGAACAAAUUUCAAAGACAGUUUAAGCACUGUGUACAGCGCAAUAGAGGAAGCAGACUUUCUCGCAAUCGAUGGGGAAUUUUCAGGUAUUAGCGAUGGUCCCAACGUCAGCGCACUGACUAACGGGUUGGACACGCCAGAGGAGCGCUACAUGAAGCUAAAAAAGCAUUCCAUGGACUUCUUGCUGUUUCAGUUUGGACUGUGUACGUUCACAUAUGACCAGGCAGAGUCCAAGUACGUCAUCAAGACUUUUAAUUUUUAUAUAUUCCCAAAGCCAUUCAACAGAACCUCCCCAGACACCAAGUUCAUCUGCCAGAGUUCCAGCAUUGACUUCCUGGCCAGUCAGGGUUUUGACUUCAACAAAGUGUUCCGUCACGGGAUCCCGUACCUGAACCAGGAAGAGGAAGUGCAGCUGCGGGAGCAGUAUGAGGAGAGGCGGAGUCAGAGUAACGGAUCAGGAAACCCCUCCUACAUCUCCCCCAACUCAAACAAAGGCCCCGGCAGCAUCCCCGAGGAGCACAGGGAGUACAUCAGGCGGGUGGUAGAGAAGGUGGAAUCUCUGUUCACUACCUCAGAGAAGACUGUGGACCUGGAGCCCUGCACUGGGUUUCAGAGGAAGCUGAUCUACCAGACUCUCAACUCCAAGUUCCCAAAGGGUCUUCAUGUGGAGACCUUGGAGACAGAGAAGAAAGAGCGCUACAUCCAGAUCAGCAAGGUGGACGACGAGGAGCGGAAGAGGAGGGAGCGGCAGAAACAGGAGAGAGAACAGGAGGAGCUGAAUGACGCUGUGGGAUUCUCCAGGGUCAUACACGCCAUCUCCAAAUCUGGAAAGUUGGUGGUUGGCCACAACAUGCUGCUGGACGUCAUGCACACCAUCCAUCAGUUCUACUGCGUACUGCCAGAGGACCUGAAUGACUUUAAAGAAGUCACUCAGUGUGUCUUCCCCAGGCUGUUGGACACCAAGCUCAUGGCCACUACGCAACCUUUCAAGGAGUUGAUCAACAUCACGUCUCUAGCAGAGCUGCAGAAACAGCUGAAAGAGAGCCCCUUCAAAUCUCCUAAAGUUGUGACGGCAGAGGGGUUCCCCAGCUACGAUACAGCCCAGGAACAGCUCCACGAGGCGGGCUACGAUGCCUUCAUCACCGGUCUCUGCUUCAUCUCCAUGGCCAACUACCUAGGUACUUUCCUGACUCCCCCCAGAGCCCACAUCCCAUCCCAAUCGAAACUCAUCCAACCCUUCGUCAACAAACUGUUCCUGAUGAGGAUCAUAGAUAUUCCCUACCUCAACAUCAGCGGACCAGACCUCCAGCCCAAGAGGGAUCAUGUUCUGUACGUCACCUUCCCUAAGGAGUGGAAGACCAGUGACCUCUACCAGCUGUUCAGUGCCUUUGGUAACAUCCAGGUGUCGUGGAUUGAUGACACGUCAGCGUUUGUAUCUCUGAGUCAGACGGACCAGGUUCAGAUCGCGAUGAACACCAGUCGCUAUGCGGAGAGCUACCGUAUCCAGACGUAUGCUGAGUAUAUCCAGGGCAGGCAGCAGGUCAGGGAGAGCCAGGGCCAUUCUACCCAGUCCUGGGACGAGGACGGCUGGGUUAAACCGCACUACACCUCCCCCUCUACAGUUGGUGCUGGUCCUACUGGCUACAGCUACGGUCACAACAGGCCGUCGUUGGGGAAACGCUGCGUCAGUCCGAUCCAGGAGGAGCAGCCCACGGAGGGAGAGGCUCAGAGAUCACACGCUGACGGAUGGAGUGGCUACACACACUCUCACACACACUCCGACACGGGCAGCAAGAAGAUCAGGACCGACGGGGUGUGUGUACGGACGUAUGCAGGAGUAGUGGACAGCAGGACGUCAGAAGGCUGGCUGAAAACUCAGUCUGGGUCUGAUUCGUCGAGCAUGAGUCCGAUCCAGGAAGAGGCGGGGUCGGAGGCGGGAGACGACGGUAGUGAUCCGGCGGCGGGCGAAUGGCAACAGCAGCCUUCAACCAAUCAGAGCAAGAAGAGCCGCAAGAACAACAAGAAGAGGAAGACUGAUGGUGCAGAGACGACGUCUACUCUGUUCGACGUUCCUCAGGUCUGGUAGCGAUGGAACCCUGGCUCCUUACCACCUGGGUUCCUACUUCCUACCCCUGGCCACUUGACUCCUACCCCCUAGGACCGGGUUUGGAACGAGGCCUGAAGUUUCAACCAGCUGCACUUAUCUGACUGGCUGAGAGAAACAAAGCCAUAAAUCAUGAUAGGAUUCCUCAGCAUGUGGUAUAGCAGGAUAUUCUUUAGGAAAGAAAAAGACGGUCCUAAAUGGCACCCUAUUCCGUAUAUAGCACACUACUUUUAACUACGGUCAAUAGGGCUCUGGUUCAAACUAGUGCACUAUGGAUUGUUAUGUCCCAAAUGGCACCCUAAUCUGUAUAUAGUACACUACUUUUAACUACGGUCAAUAGGGCUCUGGUUCAAACUAGUGCACUAUGGAUUGUUAUGUCCCAAAUGGCACCCUAAUCUGUAUAUAGUACACUACUUUUAACUACGGUCAAUAGGGCUCUGGUUCAAAGUAGUGCACUAUGGAAUGUGUGUCCCAAAUGGCACCCUAAUCUCUUUUUCACUGCCUUUUUUGUUGUUGUUGCUCGCACUGUUUUUCAUUUCUGAUUGAUUGAUAAAUCCCCUGUAUCGUGAUGGAUUAGGUAGUUACCACUCUGCAUGUUGUGGCGCUACUGACAGCUGUUCAGUACGGAGAGAGAACUCACACCCAGGCUCUACUCGCCUGACCCACCAGGCUCUGAAAUGGCAGUCUGAUCUCUGUUCCACUACUCUUAACCAGGGGUCUAUAGCGUUCUGGUCAAAACUAGUGCUCUAUAUAGGGAGGUGGGGGCCAUUUGGUUCACAGCCUGAUCUCUGUUCCACUACUCUUAACCAGGGGUCUAUAGCGCUCUGGUCAAAACUAGUGCUCUAUAUAGGGGGAUGGGGGCCAUUUGGUUCACAGCCUGAUCUCUGUUCCACUACUCUUAACCAGGGGUCUAUAGCGUUCUGGUCAAAACUAGUGCUCUAUAUAGGGGGAUGGGGGGCCAUUUGGUUCACAGCCUGAUCUCAGUUCCACUACUCUUAACCAGGGGUCUAUAGCGCUAUGGUCAAAACUAGUGCUCUAUAUAGGGGGAUGGGGGCCAUUUGGUUCACAGCCUGAUCACUGUUCCACUACUCUUAACCAGGGGUCUAUAGCGCUCUGGUCAAAACUAGUGCUCUAUAUAGGGGGAUGGGGGCCAUUUGGUUCACAGCCGGGGUCUGUGUUCCAUGAGGAUCAACGUUUAUAGAAUAUUCAUCUAGAAAUACACUAUCUAGAUUUGAUGCGCUUCUUUGUUCUAUAGAAGAGGGAAUCGUGUCAUGGUGUGGGUGUGUAUUUUCUACGUUGUAUCAUCCUGAACAGGCUCGUUGUUCCACGACCUCCUAGUUACUGUCACCGAGUCUGAAAUCUUUCCCCUCACUGUGUCUGUUACCGGUGCCAAACCGGUUUAGUUUUAACCGUAAAAAUGUUGCCUCUGUGUCCCGUUCAUCGUGAACCAUCAUUAAGUGUCUCUUAACCCCCCCCCCCCCCCACCCCCCAAUGCCACUUGACUGAUUCUAGUGUAACACUGUCCUGGUGCUGUAGUAGGAUUUUAAAUGUAGUUUAAAUAACUUCCUUUUUAAAAAAUAUAUGUAUAAAGUUAAAGCCCCUCCCCUCUAAUUUUAUAGAUCCUGCUAGAACCUUCUCUGAUGAUGUGUCCUAAAUGGCUCCCUGUGUAGUGCAGUGUACUAGAAAGGGAAUAGGGCCCUGUGUAGUGCAGUGUACUAGAAAGGGAAUAGGAAGCCAUUUUGUGAAACAACAAGAGGUGGUUUUUUUGGCGUGGUUGGUCUUUUCCCUACAACAGACAGACAGUCUAGUGGCAUUAUUACUUUUGUAUGGAAUACUUUUUGUUGUUGUGGCGUUUAAAUGUCUUUAUUUUUGCUGUCUUUACUUUCCCCUCGUUGUUACGUCCUCCCCUGCAACUGUGUCAAAUAUUGUAUCGAUGCAAAACGUGUCAACGUUAAAGAAUACGCUGUUUUUGUAUGAAAAAAUGUCUAAACAAAUAUUUCCUUAUGAACAGGAACAAUUAAAGAAUGUUUCUUAGUAA